ACUGAUAGUGUUAAGUUAUCGUACCAUGGCUAGGUCCCACCUGCAAGCUCUCGGCAGAUCGUUCGGGACCUUCCAUCCGAGUUCUUCCAGCGUUCUACCGCACUGCGUCUCCCGCGCCAAGCGUGCUCUAUUGGUUGUCAAGCACAAUAGUCCUCUCAACCUCAUGGUUUUCAUGCUCGUGCUUUGAAACCUGUUAUCAGUACCAUAUCGUAUGGUUACCAAAUCCCCAAGCGUCCAAACCCUUCAAUCUUCAAUCCCUACCUUCCUCUUUCACCGCAGAUAAAUGCCGCCAAAACCCCGCCCCUCCGAAGCCGUGGCGAAACCGCCCACAGUGCUCGCCUCCUCGGUAGUGAUCGCGGAAGCGGCCUCGCUAACGGGGACCUUUCCCAUAAAAAUCGGAGCAAACACCGUCAUCCACCCACGAGCGAAGCUCACGUCGGCCCAGGGGCCAAUAACGAUAGGCGAGCACUGCAUCAUCUGCGAGCGGACCCAGAUCUGCCCGCCGGGUGCGGAGGGUCUGGUGAUUGAGGAUGGAGUGGUGGUCGAGGUCAAUGCCGUUGUCGAGGGGAGCGUCGGGGCUGGCAGCGUUGUCGAGGUCGGGGUCAGGAUUGGGAAGGGGGGGAGCGUUGGGUUGGUAUGUUUCCACUCUGCUGCGGGGGAUGAGGUAUGAGAUGUGCUAAUCGGAGAGUGGGGGAGGUGAGGGAUAGAAUUGCAAAUUGGGCCCGUUGACUAAGGUUCUCGAGGGUGAGGUUAUCGAGGAUAAUACCGUGAUAUUUGGCAGUGGGCAGAGGAGGGUUGAUGCCUCGGGCACGGCAGAUGCUAGGAGGAGGUUGCUGGAGAGACAUAUCGAGAGCUUGAGGGUUCUCAUACCCAGCAAUCCCUCUAAAUUUGUCAAUUGACGCAAUCCAAAGGUCAUACCUGAAAGGGGAUUUGUACUAUAGAAGGUUUCUGUGUGCCGGCCAGGUUCCAUUGGUGACAGUGAUCAACUGGUAUGGUAUCGGUCGAGUGCAGUAGGUACCGUACCAUUGCAUACCGCCAAUACAAACCUUGACCACAUUCACACAGAGAUGAGUCCACCGAUGGAAGCACGUUUUUCUUUUAAUCCUCUCUAGGUAGUUAUAGAAUGGUGAGGAAGAGGGGAAAAGAAACUAUAAGCGAGGUGGAAUAUCUUUAAUAGUCUCCCCUCGCUAUGAGGUACGAGUACGGGUGUGAUCGUCCUUCGCUAGAUUUCUAUACACAAGUAUACCAAUAGUGCUAUGUACUCGUACAGUACGCCAAGAGGGACAAAAGGUUAGUCCUUAACCCACGGGGCACUGCAUCAGGAAAUGUUCGGGUAAUCACAGCAUCCGCCUCAAUGAUCAAAUCAAAAACACGGGAAGAAUGGUGAAAAGAAAUACUCGAGUAAGUGGAGGAGCUGACGUCGUUUGCCGUAUUAUUUUCCUAUUGCUGUUUCCCAUGGAAUUGGAGUACUAGUGCUGUACUGUACUCGCUUUUUUCGGUGAUGUAGGGUAGAGAGGAUGGCAUUUUAAUGGUUUCCUCUUUUGCACGAGUUUAGUAGGUUACGGUAGGGUGCUCAUCCCUUUGUAAUUUAGGUCUUCCCGUGGCAUACUGUGCCGCAUUCCUAUGCUCAUACUCCGUACUCGUACAGUAUCAUACUGGAUCAAUCAACUUGAACGUGACUUCUGCUGACAAAGAGUGUCACUUACGAGCCAAACGGGUGUAGC